GGCAUUAGUAAUUAGUUGCAAAAUUAUAAACUCGUUUUCGUCAUUGCUCGCAACAGGGACUGAGAAUUCAACUUCGCUUGGUCUUGUCGAAUUCUGUUCUCCGCAAUCUCGCAAUCUUCGCCGUUGGAUUCGGUGGUUUUGUCGCAAUCUCGCAAUCCUCUUUCAUUCGAAGACUCUCUCCCCUUUGCCUAUGUUGAUAGUAAGAUUGUAGUUCAUUUAAAGAGGCUAGGCAGGAAGGAUCCCACCACUGAGGUAGUGGUGGGUGUCUGAGAGAGAACGAGUAAACAAAGCAAAGAUGGAAUCGGCAACCUCAGAGUCGCCGUAUCCAGGAUCAGGGAAUUGGGAGAUCCCAAUUGAUCUGUUCGGUUCCAAAAAACAUGCUGGAGUCUCACGUGGUGUUCUAGCAUUCACAGAUGAGUCUGGUAACAUAGUCUUCAGGGUGAACCGCCACCCACCCAAUCCUAACUCAUCGCCCCUUCCCAAGGACAAGAAACUCUUGCUUGAUGCCUCAGGCAAUACCCUCUUCUCCAUCUACCGUUAUCAUAAUGGGUCUUGGAAAUGCUAUAAGGGAAAUAGUGAUGAGAACAAGGAGCUGGUGUUUAGUGUGCAGAGGACCCUCAAAACUCUUACUCGAGUUGAGUUAGAGGUACUUUUCGCAGCUGAGAGGUCCAAUGACGAAGGUUGUGAUUUGAAAGUGAAGGGUUCCCCUUUCCAGAGAUCAUGUUGCAUAUAUAAAGAUGCUGAUUUGGUGGCACAGAGUAGCCUGAUGUACAAGCUCCAUCAAAUGUUUGUCAGUAGGAGUAAAUUUCGCCUAACAAUCUUUCCUGGGACUAUUGACCAUGCUCUUAUUGUGGCUUUGUUUGUGAUAUUUUUGAGUGGAAGAAAAUAGUAUCAUUAACACACGACAUGCAACCGCAAGAGAUAAAAGAUUUUGAUAUAUGAUCUUUCUCUGUCUUGCUCAUACACAGAUUUAUUUUGCUAGAAACAUUCUUUCACUGACUAAUAGGGGGAGUAAAUGAGGCAUUGCUCCUUACAUGCAACGUAUUAUUUCAGCUGGUACGAGAUCCUAGUCCCUAAAACAUGUGCAUUAUCCUUAAUGGAUAAAGCUCUUAUUUCAGCAAUAUUUAUUCAUUCUCACCACUCAUAUGGCAUAUAGCCAGUGUGUAUUCAACUUCUCCAGCAAGAUGCUUUGAUGUAAUCAAACAGAUAUAGAUUUUGAGGUAGCACUCAAGAUGUAUAAUAAAGAUCCAGAGGUAGAGAACUAAAGGCUCGUCAAACAGAAUCUGUGCUGAAAUUAGCUUCAGCGGUUAAAUUGUUUAUUUAUUUAGCGAAAUUGGAGACAUGUUCUUAUCGUAAAUCUGUGCUAGUUUGGUGUA